GAAGCAGGCCGGGUGAGGGGCUGUACCCAGGGUCUGAGAGGCGGAAGUGCAAGGGGCAGGGGUCCUGCCUGCUAGUUCCUCCCCACUUGGAUUGCGCGAUGCAGGCGAAGGGGGAGUUGGGGUCGCGGGGAAGUUGCCGCCCGGAUCCGGGCCUAGUUGACUUGUCUGUGUAUGUGUCCAGGGAGACAUGGAAUACUGUCUGGCGGCCGCGGCGCUGAACGGAGUGGACCGGCGCUCGCUCCAGCGCUCUGCUCGGCUGGGGAGGGAAGUAUUGGAGCGCGCCAAGAGGAGGGCAGUGGACUGGCAUUCUCCAGAGCGAUCCAGAGGCAACGUGGGGGUCCUUUACCGCCAGGGCCCCUACCAGGAAAGAUGGUCGGUCCCUGGUUCCCAGCGCCUCCUAGGAGAGGUGAGGCCGGGAGCUGGGGGACUGUCUAGUCAUUCUCCGCCGCCACUGGGCGGGAGGAAGCCUCCCAUGUCCAGAAGAUGUAACGCAUUGGAGCAAAAGUGGAAACGUUGUUUGGAAACUGCUUUUGACACGGUCUCGUAUAGCCCAGGCUGGCCUUGAACUCUUGCCUACGAUUUAGAGAGAAGAAAGGUGCCCAACCCUUAGCUCUUCCUUCGGAGCAAUGGCUGAAUUCAUGGACUAUACUUCAAGUCAGUGUGGGAAAUACUACUUGUCUAUGCCAGAGGAAGGAGGAGCAACCCAUGUCUACCGUUAUCACAGAAGGAAACCUCCAGAGAUGCACAUGUACUCAGAUACUGGGCACAGUCAGGAACAAAGAAACUGCAGAGGCGAGACAUCUGUUGGACAAGAAAGCAUCUACCAAACAUCAGAGCAUUCUCAAGAGUCCUCUUGGCCUGCCAUGCCCUGCCAGUGCAUCUGCCCUGAGCCACGUCCCAGCCAGUUGUGGUCUAGCCUGGAUGAUGGUUUGUGCUCAGUUCAGCUCCGAAUACUGUCUCACCAACUCCAGCUUUCAGGGCUUUGCAACAUAAAAGCCCAUCUUCCAAACUGAGAACAUCUCUAAGGACCUCUACAUCGAAGUCUACCCAGGGACCUAUUCUGUCACUGUGGGCUCCAGUGCCUUAUCCAAGAAGACGCACGUGGUUGCAGUUGACCCCGGGCAAAGUGUGGACUUGGUCUUCCCCGUGUGAUGUUGACCGUCACUACCAACAUUUCACUCUCAAAGUAGCAAGAAGAAUAAAACCACCCUAUAAUUGCCUUAAUAAUGAUGCAUCAAUCUUGAUUUUAAUGCUGGCUGUAGUGGGGCAGCCUUUCUGAACUGGAGUCGAUCUCUUUCAAGCUCAUUUUAACCUGAAAUUAUAGAAGCCCCCUAUCCUGUGUGCCUGAAAACAGUAAUGUAAUGGUGCUGUCUGAGCAGCUUUUACUGCUGGCUUCCCAAGUAAGUGUUAAUUAUCGUAAUAAAGGGAGAGACUGGAAGUAAAAA